UAAACAGAGCGGUGGGGUGGGUACCGGUGGGGCCGCGCGUGCGUUGUCUGGCGGCGGCAUUAUAUAGCAAGGGUUAGUGCGGGAGGGUUGUGCAUCUGGCGUUAGCUUUGUGAAGCUUGUGUGUGAAACGCGAAGUGUUUGAGGGCUUACAUGAUGACCAGCUUUGGCCGUCUGCUGGGAGUGACGCUGAGGGCGGCCGCGUCCAGACCUCACCUCACGUGUCGAGGUGCUGGACACCUGCAGAGGACGCUGUGCUACCAGCACUAUUGCACCGUUCAGAGAGCGGGCUCGAGCGAGUUCUGGAAGCGGAAGAUGGUGACGCUGUUCGAGCUGCACGACACGGACGGCGACGGCCGGAUCGACUGGACCGACUAUGUGCGAGUGCAGACCCGGCUGUGCCAGACCACCGGCGUCGGCAUGAAGGAGGAGGUGGACGCCAUGCUCAACUUCCGGCGCCUCUGGGAGUACUGGCUGGGGUCGGUGGAGGACCCGCACACGGCCAUCACACGCGAGGAGUUCGUCAGGUCGCUUCAGCACGCCAUCAACCAGCCGGCCUACAAAACCACCGAGAAGAAGCAGAUGCCGGUGUGGGCCUUCUUCUAUAAGAUUUUUGAAAUGAUUGACGCGAAUGGCAACCGGAUCAUCUCACCCAAAGAGUACAAAAUCUUCUUCAAGGCCUACGGUCUCUCUGAUGAGAUGGCCGAGAAAUCGUUCAAGGCGAUCGACCGCAAUGCCGACGGCUUCCUGAGCAUCGAUGAGUUCGUGAACGUGGCCAUCGACUUCCUGUACUCGGAGGACGAGACGACGAUCGGCAAGGAGUUCUUCGGCACGCUGGUGGAGGAGCUGCCCGAGUCGAUAAAGGAGCUCUCGUCCGAGGCGUAGGCGCCGCCCCGGCUCAGACAGCCGCGGGGCUCGAGCCGACCGCGCGGUGACCCGCGGUGACCGGCGACUGGGACCGCUGA